AUGAAGUAUAAUUAUAAGUUUCAAAAUUUACUGGGUACAGUGUACCGCCAUGGUGAUAUAUUGUUCACUAAUGAUGGAAACUGUGUUAUUAGUCCCGUUGGAAACAGGAUAACUAUAUACAAUCUGAAACAGAAUAAAAGCAAUACUCUCCCUAUAGAAAGUCACUAUAAUUAUACAGCUAUCGACAUAUCACCAAAUGGAUCAGUACUACUUGCUAUCAAUGAAAAGGGUGAAGCACAAAUGAUCAGCCUCGUAACAUGCACAGUCAUACACAGGUAUAAGUUCAAGCAGCAAGUUAAUGCUGUUAGAUUCAGUCCCGACGGGAAGCUGUUUGCAGCUUGUUGUGACGAUACAGUUUUCAUCAUGACUGCACCCAGUGCAUUCACGGGAGAGUUCCGUUCGUUCAUAAUGAGACGUGUUUUUAAAAAGUCACAUGACGAAGUCACUUGUUUGGACUGGUCUAGCUGCGGAAAGUUACUUGCGGUCGGUUCAAAAGACACAACAACCAAAAUAUACACUGCUGAAUACUUGGACAACCUAAAUAUGUACUCAUUAAGUGGUCACACUGACAAGAUUGUUGGUGUAUUCUUCGAGCAGAAGAGUUUGGACCUUAUAACUGUGAGCCGUAAUGGUCAGGUUUGCUUGUGGGAUGCUAGUCUUGAUUCAGAUAGCUUAGUUACCUCAGAGGUACAGAUAUCACAUAAGAAGAGACGGAAAUUGCAAAAGGAAGCCGAAUUAGUUGAGGAUGAGGUUGAUGAAGAGAAUCUAGUUGAAAAGGAUAAAGAAUAUGAGAGUGAUAAAGAUGUUGAAAUAGAAGAGGAACAAAAGACAGAUAGCGGCAAAAAACUCCAAUACAAUAAACUUGGGAGGCAUUAUAUAGGGGAUUCAAUAAGAAACGGAAAUCAUAAGGUGAAAUUAACCGCUGCGGCGUACCACAAGGGAACGAAAAUAUUAGUGACAGGUUUCUCCACUGGUAUAUUCUUUCUUCAUGAGAUGCCAGACGUGAAUCUCAUCCACUCCUUGAGUAUAUCAGAACAUAGGAUUGGCAGCAUCUCGAUAUCUCACCAGGGCGACUGGAUAGCAUUCGGAUGUCCCAACAUUGGGCAACUGUUGGUUUGGGAGUGGCAGAGCGAGCAGUAUGUCAUGAAGCAGCAGGGUCACUCGUUAGACAUGACCUGCCUCGCGUAUUCGCCUGACGGCCUCUACAUAGUCACAGGCGGUUACGACGGGAAGGUCAAAGUAUGGAACACCAGUUCGGGCUUUUGUUUCGUGACCUUCAGUGAACAUAAGUCAACGGUGACCGGGAUUACAUUCAGUGCGAAUAAGAAGUUCUUUGUAUCUUCAUCUCUCGAUGGCACUGUGAGAUGUUAUGAUCUGACUAGGUAUCGUAAUUUCCGUACUCUCUCAUCUCCGACCCUGGUUCAGUUUGGUUGCGUGUCUUUGGACAGCAGCAGUGAACUUUGUGCUGCUGGUGGUCAAGAUGUGUUCGAGAUAUAUCUAUGGUCCGUCAAGUUUGGGAGACUUUUGGAGGUUCUCGCGGGUCAUUCAGCCCCAGUGGCUAGUUUGUCGUUCAGUCCACUGUUAUCUAGUUCCAAACUGGCUUCCGCGUCCUGGGACAAAACAGUCAAGAUAUGGAACUGUAUUGAAACAAGUUCGGACUGUGAAACUAUACAACUCAAUUCAGACGCACUUCAAGUGACUUUCAGACCCGAUGGAGAAGAGAUAGCAGUAUCUACUUUAGAUGGUAAUAUAUCUUUCUUCAAUGCUACCACUUGCGAUCAGACUGCUAGUUUGGAGGGAAGAAAUGAUUUGGGAGCCGGUAGGGCUGACACAGAUCUUGUAACACCUGAAAAACUAUUAAAGACCAAGUUAGUUUGGAAUAAUAUAUUAUAUACAGGAGCUUUCACUACAAUAUGUUACUCAGCGGAUGGCACAUGUAUCUUGGGAGCGGGGAACUCCAAACACAUAUGUCUGUACAGUAUUAAGGAGGGUGUGCUCAUAAAGAAGUUUGUUAUCACACAGAACAAGUCAUUGGAUGCUAUUAAUGACUUCAUAAAUCGUCGGAACAUCACCGAGUUUGGUAAUAUGGCGCUGGUUGAAGAGAGGGAGGAGUUGGAAGGAGGGGAGGUGCGGGUGAGGCUGCCCGGGGUCAGCGGGGGAGAUAUGGCUGAUAGGAGGCUUAAACCUGAGGUCCGUGUGUGGUGUGUUCGUUUCUCUGGUGCUGAUGAGAGCUUUGCAGCUGCUUGUACCGAGGGACUGCUGUUAUAUGGAACUAGAACGGGGAGUGGAUUCAGGCCGUAUCGUCUAGAGACAGGUUCAACUCCCGCUGCAGUGAAAAAUCUAUUGACAGAGAAAUCAUGGGGCUUCGCCCUCAUUGGAGCCCUACAACUUAACGACAACACUCUCCUACAGCAAUGUAUAGAAGCAGUGCCACCUAGUGACAUCGAACUAACAGCAAAGAGUUUAGAAGAAGAUUAUACAAUACGUCUUCUUAACUCGAUCGCAAGUCUUCUAGAAGAUAGUCCCCAUCUAGAACAUUUGCUCAUUUGGGUCAGAAGUCUUGUUACAGACAAGAAGAAAUUCCCGCCCAGUGUGUUACUUGCAUUAGAGAAGGCACUCACUGUGAAAUAUUCACAGAUUAAUAAAAUAUGCGAGUUCAACAAAUAUACAAUACGCUGUAUAAAGUCAGUUGGCGCUUUGACACUGAAGGAUGAGGACGGUUCCAGCGGACGAGGCACCUUCACUGACGAUUCAGAUUCUGAUUAA